AUGAGGACUGCCCUCUCUAAUGGGGCAGAUAUCAAUUGGCAUCAUCCUGGUCUGCUUAACUACACUCCAUUACAUGUAGCAGCUGAAUGUAACAGGAGUGAUGCUGUCCAGUGGUUACUCAGUAAAGGGGCUACUGUUGACUCAAGAGAUAAACUUGGACAGACUCCUCUCAUGUAUGCAGCUAGGAAUGGUCACACACAGGUAGUGACAAUGCUCCUUGAAAAAGGAGCAGAUGUCACUGCCUCUGAUAUUGUUGGUUGGACUGCUCUUGAUCAUGCUGAACAAUACCGUCGUUCUGAUAUUGCUACCCUACUGAGAGUACACUCAGCUAAAAGAGACGGAGUUUUUGAUGAGUUCCUACUGGAUAGUCUUGGACUGACUUUCAUUCCUGAUCUGUUCUCAAAAUCAGAUCUGCUUUCCUUACUGAAGCACCUUCUCUUGGUCUCUCCUAUUGUUUCCUCUACUGGUCCUACUCGUUAUUUCCUACCAAUCGUUCUUUCUCCGGAAAAAAUCACCAAAGAACAGAAGGAGACCUUCACUGAAACCUGUGACCCACUUGUCAUUUCAUUCAACAGUAAACUAGUACUACAGGGUUUGUUUCCAACAUUGAUUGUUUCUCUGUUAAGUCGAAAGGAGAGUCCUCACUUUUUUAUUGACAGUAAGUCUCCUUUCUUUCCAAAGCAGCUCCGACAUGCUGUCAAGCUUUACUCUGAGGAUCUAUUUGGGUCUGUCAUAUUUGUUGAUGAGCAUAAAUUUAUUGAAGUCUACUUUACGGGAAACCCUAAAGAUUGCUCUGUUCUUCGUCCAGUGAUCCUAGAGGGUCUAUCAGCCAGUGCUGCUGCAUUAGCUUACAAUGAGGAGACACUGGGAAUAUCUGCUGUGACAUAUUGUCCCCAGAAACACAGAAGCCGUGAGACUGAGAGAAAUCCUCAUCCUAUUGAAAUCUCAUACAAGAGAGACCCUCCAGAGAUCAGGUGCAGUAUUGAGACUGAUCUUCCACCCAUUGCAUUGACUGAUGAGAGACAAAGCUGUUGGCUAUUAGAUCCAGUGCCUCCAUCAGUUGUUCCUAUUGAAACCUUUUUACCAGAAGGUUCAGUAUUAAAUGAGUUUCAUGCUCCAGUUAUAUUGAAAGCUGUCAAAAAGAUAGUCAAUGAAUGGGACACACUAGGAUUAUACCUUGGAGUGCAAAAUGAAGAUUUAUUAUCAAUUGAUUUUAAUUCUUUACAUCAAAUAAAUGUAUGCCGCAAAAACAUGAUAGUUCACUGGUUAAAGACUGGUACUGCUACAAGGGAAAAGCUGAUAAAAGCACUUGAGGAUUUGGAAAGAAAUGAUGUUGCUGCUGAAGUAAAGCGACUACCCUACCAAUAACCAUUAUUAUUAGUAUUAUUAUUAAUUUCUUCUGCUUUCUCUUACACACACUUCCUUCUCUAUUUCCCUCUGUUUAUUACUUUUAGUAGAUCUACUAUUUGUGUUAGAUCUAUAUUUUUGUCAAUUCUUUCUAGUUUGAAGUUUCCAUUAAAUUUUUAUAAUA